CCACACUCUCACAAGUGAGCCAGGGCAGGCCCCUUGAUCCGAUCUCUUGACUUUGGUGUUAUCAGCAACAUUCUCUCCCAAGGGAACUAACCGGCCAGCCCAUAUUUUACACACAUUAAGCUACACGAUGGCUACAACUUUGGUGCCUGGAAACAGUCUACCCGGCCUUUAAAGAAAUGCACGAAGCGCGUAAAGAGAGAUCGGUGUCCCCCAGAGGGCACCGCCCCCCCCGUUAGCUCCACCCCCACUAGAGCGCCGCGUCCUUGCUAUUGGCUCUUUUCCUUGAGCCGUCGGUUGCCGUGGAGACCAAGACGAUGGCAACCAGGAGAAGCCAAACCUGGUCGUCCGUCUGAAACCGCGGAGGGGUCCCGGCUCGUGGCCUGACUACGUGCAGAGCUAAUGGCGCUCUACGAGCUCUUCUCUCACCCGACGGAGCGCGGCUACCGCGCUGGGCUCUGCUCCAAGGCCGCGCUGUUCCUGCUCCUGGCCGCCGCCCUCACGUACAUCCCGCCGCUGCUGGUGGCCUUCCGGAGCCACGGGUUCUGGCUGAAGCGGAGCAGCUACGAGGAGCAGCCGACCGUGCGCUUCCAGCACCAGGUGCUGCUCGUGGCCCUUCUGGGACCGGAGCAAGGCGAGUUCCUCGCCUGGAGCACUUUCCCCGCCUUCAACCGGCUGCAGGGGGAUCACCUGCGCGUCCCGCUGGUUUCGACUAGAGAAGAGGACAGGAACCAGGAUGGGAAAAUGGACAUGUUACAUUUUAAACUGGAGCUUCCCCUGCAGUCCACGGAGCAUGUUCUUGGUGUGCAGCUCAUCUUGACUUUCUCCUACCAAUUGCACAGAAUGUCAACAUUCAUGAUGCAGAGUAUGGCGUUCCUCCAGUCCUCCUUUGCUGUUCCUGGGUCCCAGUUAUAUGUGAAUGGAGACCUGAGGCUGCAGCAGAAGCAGCCGCUCAGCUGUGGUGGCCUAGAUGUCCGAUACAACGUGUCUGUGAUCAAUGGGACCAGCCCUUUUGCCUACGACUACGACCUCACCCACAUCGUUGCUGCCUACCAAGAAAGGAAUGUUACCACCAUCUUGAAUGACCCCAACCCCAUCUGGCUGGUGGGCAGGGCUGCUGAAGCUCCAUUUGUGAUUAAUGCUGUCAUCCGAUACCCUGUGGAAGUCAUUUCAUAUCCUUUCUGUUAGAGAGCCAAUGGUA